AUGCUGAUCAAACCUUCAGUUCUUGGAGGAUUUUUGUAUUUUCUCCUCCUGCCUGGUUUCUCCUGCUCCUGCCCCAGCCGCUGCCUGUGCUUCAGGACUACAGUGAGAUGCAUGCAUCUGAUGUUGGAAACCAUCCCCGAGAUCCCGCCCCAGACAAACAUUCUAGACUUACGCUUCAACCACAUCAAGGAGAUACAACCUGGAGUCUUCAGAAGACUGAAGAACCUCAACACACUGCUGCUGAACAAUAACCAGAUAAAACAAAUCGUGAGAAGAUCCUUUGAAGAUCUGGAGAACCUGAAAUACCUCUACCUUUAUAAAAAUGAGAUCCAGAGCAUCCAGCAACAUGCCUUCCACGGGCUGCAUUCCCUGGAGCAGCUGUACCUGCAUUUCAACAACUUGGAAAGUCUGGAGCUGGAGACUUUUAGUGACCUGCCUAAACUUGAAAGGCUAUUCUUGCACAACAACAAGAUUUCCAAGAUUCAUCCAGGGACAUUCUCUCAACUGGAAUCCCUCAAACGGCUGAGGCUGGACUCCAACUCUCUGGUGUGUGACUGUGAGCUGCUGUGGCUGGCAGAGCUGCUGAAGCAGCACGCAGAGCAGGGCAGCAUCCAGAGCGCCGCCACCUGCGAGGCUCCGCGGGGCCUGCACGGCCGCUCCAUCGCCACCCUGACCGCGCAGGAGCUCAACUGUGAGAGGCCUCGAAUAACCUCAGAGCCCCAGGACGUGGAUGUGCUCCUGGGAAACACAGUUUAUUUCACCUGCAGGGCAGAAGGAAACCCAAAGCCUGCCAUCAUCUGGCUGCACAAUAAUAAUAAGAUUGACAUGAAAGAUGACAACCGCCUGAACCUGUUGCAAGAUGGUACCUUGAUGAUCCAGAACACCAAGGAGUCGGACAAAGGCGUCUACCAGUGCAUGGCCAAGAACAUUGCUGGGGAGGUCAAGACACAGGAGGUCGUGCUGCGCUAUUUUGGCACCCCGUCCAAGCCCACUUUUGUGAUCCAGCCACAGAACACUGAAGUGCUGGUUGGGGAAAGUGUCACCCUGGAGUGUGGGGUCUCUGGGCACCCCCAGCCCCGCAUCAGCUGGACCCUUGGCACGGGCUCUCCUCUGCCGCAGGAUUCCCGUUUCACCAUCACCAGCUCCGGAGGACUCUUCAUCCAGAACGUCACCUUCUCGGAGCAGGGGCAGUACAACUGCAAUGCCAGCAACUCUGAGGGAUCCAUCCAGGCCACAGCAAGGAUCAUAGUGCAAGAUUCUCCCAGGUUUCUCGUCAUUCCCACGGAUCAGACAGUAACUGAGGGACAAAGCGUGGAUUUCCCCUGCUCUGCUGAGGGUCACCCUCCCCCAGUGAUUACCUGGACAAGGGCAGGCGGGCCCUUGCCGAGCGACCGGCGGCACAGCGUGCUGGCCACGGGCACGCUGCGCGUGGGGCGGGUGGCCCUGCACGACCACGGGCAGUACGAGUGCCAUGCCAUCAGCGCCAUCGGCGGCACGAGCGUCCCCGUGCAGCUCUCCGUGACCCCGCGAGUGAUCCCAGUGUUCCUCCAUCCCCCCCAAGACCUGGUGGCAGAGACAGGCCAGGACGUUUCCAUUUCCUGCACUGCCCAGGGAGACCCAAGGCCCACCAUCACCUGGGUCAAGGAGGGCAUCCAGAUCACAGAGAGUGGCAAGUUCCACAUCAGCCAGGAUGGGACCCUCUCCAUUCAGGACCUGGGCGUGGCUGACCAGGGCAGAUACGAGUGCAUAGCAAGGAACCCCUUUGGCUUCACCUCGAGUGCCAUGCAGCUCACCAUCACCGCCACGGACGUGGGGAGGAGCGGGGACACGUUUGUGGCCACGUCGCUGCGCGAGGCCAUCAGCAGCGUGGACCACGCCAUCAACUCCACACGAACCGAGCUCUUCAGCAAGCGCCCCAAGACUCCCAAUGACCUCCUGGCUCUGUUCCGCUACCCGAGGGACCCCUACACCAUCGAGACAGCCAGGGCAGGGGAGAUCUUUGAAAGGACCCUGCAGCUGAUUCAGGAGCACGUGCAGCAAGGGCUGAUUGUGGACAUGAAUGUCACAGGCUAUCGCUACAAUGACCUGGUGUCCCCUCACUACCUGACCAUGAUCGCCAACCUGUCGGGCUGCUCCGCGCACCGCCGCACGCCCAACUGCUCCGACAUCUGCUUCCACAAGAAGUACAGGACCCACGACGGCUCCUGUAACAACCUCCAGCACCCCAUGUGGGGUGCGUCCCUCACAGCCUUCCAGAGGCUCCUCAAACCUGCCUACCAGAAUGGAUUUAACCUGCCCCGAGGGUUUUCCUUGGCAGAAGAUGCCAGGGAUCUGCCCCUUCCUCUACCUCGCCUUGUCUCCACUGCCAUGAUCGGGACCGAGACCAUCACCCCCGAUGACCAGUUCACGCACAUGCUCAUGCAGUGGGGCCAGUUCCUGGACCAUGACAUGGACCAGACGGUGGCAGCCAUCAGCAUGUCCCGUUUCUCAGACGGAGCCCCUUGCAGCGAGGUGUGCACCAACGACCCUCCCUGUUUCUCCAUCGCUGUCCCUGCCAACGACCCCCGCGUGCGGAACGGGCGCUGCAUGUUCUUUGUGCGCUCAAGCCCCGUGUGUGGCAGCGGCAUGACCUCCCUGCUGAUGAACUCUGUCUAUGCCAGGGAGCAAAUCAACCACCUGACAUCCUACAUUGACGCCUCCAACGUUUACGGCAGCACGGAGCAGGAAUCGCGGGAGCUGCGGGAUCUGAGCAGCCAGAAAGGGCUCCUGAAGAGAGGGCAAGUUGUGCCCAGCUCGGGGAAGCACCUCCUUCCCUUUGCUGUGGGGCCACCCACGGAGUGCAUGAGGGAUGAGAAUGAGAGCCCCGUGCCGUGCUUCCUGGCAGGAGACCACCGUGCCAACGAGCAGCUGGGGCUCACGGCCAUGCACACGCUGUGGUUCAGGGAGCACAACCGCGUUGCCGCCGAGCUGGCCGCCCUCAACCCGCACUGGGAUGGGGACCUCCUGUACCACGAGGCGAGGAAGAUUGUAGGUGCCCAGAUGCAGCACAUCACCUAUGCCCAGUGGCUGCCCAAGGUCCUCGGGGAGGCUGGGAUGAAGAUGCUGGGUGAGUACAAAGGCUACAACCCCAACGUCAACGCGGGGAUUCUCAACGCCUUUGCCACGGCCGCAUUCCGCUUUGGGCACACCUUGAUCAACCCCAUCCUGUACCGUCUGAACGAGACCUUCCAGCCCAUCCCACAAGGCCACAUCCCCCUGCACAAGGCCUUCUUCUCCCCUUUCAGGAUCAUGCAGGAAGGGGGGAUCGACCCCCUCCUCCGGGGGCUGUUUGGGGUUCCUGGGAAAAUGCGGGUGCCCUCUGAACUCCUCAACAUGGAGCUGACAGAGAAACUCUUCUCCAUGGCACACUCUGUGUCACUGGACUUGGCUGCUAUCAACAUUCAGAGAGGGCGAGACCAUGGCAUCCCACCCUACAACGACUUCAGGGUCUUCUGCAACCUCUCCUCAGCGCAGGAGUUUGAGGACCUCCGAAAUGAGAUAAAGAACUUGGAGAUCAGAGAAAAGCUCAGGAGUUUAUAUGGAACUACCAAAAAUAUUGACCUGUUUCCAGCACUUAUGGUGGAGGAUCUUGUCCCUGGGACCAGAGUGGGACCAACGCUGAUGUGCCUGUUAACGACUCAGUUCAGAAGGCUGAGGGAUGGAGACAGAUUUUGGUAUGAGAACCCCGGAGUGUUCACACCAGCGCAGCUGACUCAGAUCAGACAGGCGUCCCUGGCUCGUGUCAUCUGUGACAACAGUGACCACAUCCAGCAGCUGCAGAGGGACGUGUUCCAGGUGGCAUCUUACCUGCAGGGCAUGGUCAGCUGUGAGGAGAUCCCUGCCGUGGACCUCCGCCUGUGGCAGGACUGUUGUGAGGACUGCGGGACACGAGGGCAAUUCAGGGCUCUUUCGCAGCGGUUCCGAAGCAAGAGGUCUCCUGGCUUCAGCUACCCAGAGGAAAACCCUGCAAAGCACAAGCCUGCCUUGCCCAGAGACGAGGCAGCUUCUCCAAGCUCUUCCUCCAGAGAGAAUCUUGAGUCCCUUGUGGCUGGACUGGAGAAGACAGUCACUUCCCUACGGAAACAGGUGAAUGCACUAGAGAGUCAGCUGAGGUGGCACCACAGGAGCACCAGCUCACGUGGACAGGGCAAGAAGAUUGGGGACAAAUGGAGAAGAAGAUGA